UACUGAAUUCCAAUUAGCUUUACAAAAAGAUGCAAGAUGCAACUACUCUGUAUUCAGAUUUAAUUAAACAAAUGUGACAUUUGAAUGUUGAUGAUGUAUAUUUAUGUAAAUUUUACUGCAUUUAGAAAAACAUGGCACCAUCAGGAAGAAAAUCCACAGGGAAAACAACCAAAUUAGCACAAGAAGAUUCAGUUGUACAUGUCUAUAACUUUGAAGAUGACCCAAAAAAACAUUUGAGUGGUUCUGACGAGGACAUUAGAGAAGAUGAAGCUUCAGUGAUUGAUAAACAUGGGAAGAAAAGACCUUCAGUAACUCCUCAUGCAGGAGUUGAGGAUGAUGUUGGUGGAGAAGUGCAGAAUAUGCUGGAACGAUUUGGAGCAGACAUUAACAAAGCUCUUCUGGCUAAAAGGAAAAGAUUAGAAAUGUAUACAAAAGCUUCCCUUAAAACAAGCAACCAGAAAAUAGAAUUUGUUUGGAAAACACAACAGGAACAAAGGCAAAAGGUUAACCAUGAGUAUUCUCAGCAGUUCCUGCAUGUAUUUCAACAAUGGGAUGCCGAUAUACAGAAAGCAGAGGAACAGGAAGAAAAGCUAGCGAAUGUAUUUCGACAACAACAGAAAGCUUUCCAGCAAGCAAGAAUAGUUCAAAAUCAGAGGCUGAAAACAAUUAAGCAGUUGUAUGAGCAGUUUAUAAAGAGUAUGGAAGACAUGGAAAAGACUCAUGAAAGUCUUUUAGCAGGGGCACAGAGUGAACUUCGCAAAGAAAUGUCCAUGUUACAAAAGAAAAUCAUGAUGGACACACAACAACAAGAGAUGGCAACUGUUCGCAAAUCUCUUCAGUCCAUGUUAUUCUGAUGGUUCAGUGGGGAAACAACGUGUACCUAAAUAACAUGAUACAUAUAUACACAUUAGCUAUUGUGAGGAGAAAAAAAGAGACUGUUUCACAUUCCAUGUUAAAAAUUAUAUGUGUCUGAAUACCUCAUUGUUACAAGAGAAAUCAACAAGUAAUUAAAAACAAUAUCUGUUUUUUCAUUUUCACAAUAUUAUGAUUCUUUUAUCAUAACGUUUUCUCUUCAUUUUCAAAUUACAAAUGUAAAUGCCUGGGUUAUGACAGUAUUUGUAAACUUCAAAAUAUUAUAGUGUAGACUUAUUCCUAGUUAGGCACAGUAGUUACAAAAGUCCAUUAGCUGAAUUAGAAAUUCAAGUCAAAAUGAAAAAGUCCUAAAAGCGAGGGGGGGGGAAAGCAUUAUACACAUUAAAAUAAAGUGCUUUAACAUGAGAAUUGAACAAUACUGUUUACAAAUUCCUUACUAUCAUAUGGUAAAAUAUUACAAUAUGUUUUCCGGAUUUAGUACUGUAUUAAUUUAAAUGUAUUAAUACGUGGUAUAAUGUACUAUUUGAAGGGAAAAUUAGGAGUUAAUAAAUUGAUACAUCAAACUUGUUUCGAAAAUACAAAUUUAUGUAAUUAAAUUAAAAACCCUUAAAGUACCAUUGCAGUGAUUAUUGAAUAAAGAGUAAGAAAGCACUAAUUUCCAACUGAAAUGUUUCUUACCAUCAAUUGAAAUAUCAGAAGAUUGAUUCAUUGAGUUUAUGAAACAAAAAUUUUAAAGAUAAUUUACAUUUUCAUACUUCUAACACACAUUCAAACAUUACAGAUGCAGUAUAUUUAUACAGUUAUGGAAUACUUAGUUAAAGCAAUUUAUAAUUGUUUCAAAUCUGAUUUCUUUUUUUAAAAAUAUUAAAUAUAUUUCUUCUAUUUUUUCACCAAAAUUUGCUUGAAAUAUUUUAUUAUAUUUAAAUAUCAAGGUUUGGCACUUAUUAAUUACCAUAAUGCCACUCCAUUAAUUAACAAUUUUCUAUAUAGAAUUCACCAUGGUUGCAUAAGGGCAAUUUUUCAACUGAAUCUGUAAAUAUGAUUUUGAUAUAGAUCAGCUUAUGAGGCUUUUUUUACACCUGAUUUAAAAUUCAAGGUGAUAGAUUAUUCUUAUAAUUCUAUUGGGUUUUCUAAUUUCUAGAGAGAUGUUAUAAUAAUUAGUGGUGCAGACUGGAAUUUUUUUACUUAACACAUAAGCAGUGGCCACUUGGGAUUGAUUCCCUUAUGGAAGUGUACAAUAGAAACCAGCAAAAAAUAAUAACCAGAGAGCAAUAUUUUAAAAAGAAUCAAACUAUCCUGAUUGCACCUACAACUGCUUUUAUUAUAGUGUCAAAGUUAAGAUGAGACACAUUUUUUGAAAUCAAACAUAAUGUCUAUUAAAUGUGUUCAGUCGUGGCUCCUACAUCAUAUUUGCUUUCCAUAACCUAGGAAUAGUUUUUGAAAGAUAAAUUCAUAAAUUAACAAACUUAAUGCCUCAGUGUUACAUAACAAAACAAACUCAUCUAACAAUAUAAGGAAAAGAAUUAUGGUUAUAAGUUUUUCUAGAGACAUAAACAUUCAAAAGGAAGAAUACAUUGCUUGCUCUGCAAAAUAUAUUCUAAAAUGUUAAUGUCUAUAUUAUACCAAAAAAAUGCAUGCAUUUGCAACACAUUUUUGUAAAUGAAAAUAGACUUUUUGUUGCUUUAAAUGUAGUGGACCAGAUUAGUUUAUGUUCAAAAAUAGAAUGGCUUCACAUUUGAAAAAAGGGAUUGAUUUCAUUCUCUUAUAUCCAAAACUUUGAAGUACUUUCCCUCCCCACACCAGCCCCAAAUUUUCUUUUUUAUAAACUGCUGUCUGGGAAGUUACAAUUUGCAAUGGCAAAAUAGGGCAUCCAAUCCCAUAUUUUUAUAUGAUGAAAAGCAAAUACAGGUAGUCCUUGGGUUAUGACCAUUCAACAAUCUAUUCAAAGUUGCAGUGGCACUGAA